AUGCCGCUUCGACUUGUUCUUCUGGGAGCACCUGGAUCAGGCAAAGGCACACUCACGUCACGGCUCUUGAAACAAAUGCCUCGUCUCACUUCUAUCUCCACGGGCGACCUUUUGCGGGCUGAAAUUCAGAGUUCGACCCCUAUAGGAAGACUUGCAGAUGCAUAUAUCAAAGAGGGGAAACUGCUUCCAGACGAAUUGAUGGCAGGAAUGGUGGAAACCGAGCUUGCAAAGAGAGACAUUUUAGACAAGUCGUUUCUGCUAGAUGGAUUUCCGCGAACUCCCAGCCAGGCGUUGGAGCUGGAACGCCGGCUUCAAGAUAAUAAUAUAAAUCUGGUUGUUGAACUGGAUGUCCCGCCCGAUGUGAUUGUCGGAAGAAUCGCCAAUCGGUGGAUGCAUUCUUCGGGAAGAGUUUACAACUUAGAGUACAAUCCUCCCAAAGUUCCGUUCAAGGACGAUGUGACCGGGGAGCCACUAUUUCAGCGGCCAGACGACAAUCCCGAAACUGUUCGCAAAAGAUUGAAGACCUAUUACGAGCAACUGGAACCAAUCAAGCGGUUCUACCAGUCCCGAGGUGUGUACGACAAAGUUGGAGGUGAAACGUCAGACAUUAUUUUUCCGCAGCUCUAUAGACUUGCCAAGAGUCUGCUUGACUAA